GGUUUUGAGCGCGCCAUUAAUAUUGUGCGCGCUACCAGGAGCAAGAAAUCGACAGAGGAACAGCGCGCCCCCGAGAAAAGCACGGAGUCGUUUUAGUUACUGUAUGCUUUACCCAAAUGGACACACAAGUUAUUAUGAUGCACCUUUGCCCAUGACCAACCACUGCAUUCAGAAUAUUGAAUCAUAAGCCUACAAAGCAUUGGGAAUAUACACCUUUUUCUCGUUUUGUAAGAAGCGUUCUAUAGGGGUUCCGGUGACGGAUUGUUUUUUCUGUCAGGAAAUUGGUUGCAUUAAAAAUACAUUUCACUUUAUGUCGGUGAGCAUCAGGACCUGAAUUUAUGGAAUAUCUUUCGCUCAAGUCUUCUGAACAGUUGGUGCAUGUUUAUCACUUCAUUGCACAAAGAAAGCACCGUUUUUUCCACUUUUGUUGAGUUCUACCGCUGCAUAUCGGGCACCGCGGAGAUGGUAAAAGUUCAGUUAUGCGCACAAUAUAUUUUCUCGAUAAAACCAUCCGAUCAUAACUUGUUAUUGAUGCAAAUGUAUUAAUUGUGUGUGGUCAACUAUGUGUUGCAUCUGUCUCCUAUAAUUUUACACCAUUAUUCCGAAAAUAAUAGCCUGCUUUCGUAGUUGAAUCUUCCUCUCCCAUCUCCACCAUGUUGUGUGUUGAAUUACAUUUUUUUCAACUGAUUUCUUUGUUAUAAAAAGUCUGGUGCCUGUUUGCAGUUUAUGGAUCAAUAAUACUUAUUCUGUAUAGAGAUGGAACAAUACAGUUAGGAGAGAAAAAGGGCAUAGAACAAAAAGGAAAAAUCUGCAAAUUUAGCAGGAAAAGAGGCCAUCAAAAUCACGGAAAUCGCUUCGUCCUUUUCCUUUGGUGUACUGUUACACUGUUGCAAAUGGAUUUCAUAAAGGCAACACGGUUAUUGUUACAUCUUUUGUGUUAGUUCACCCUUUCCAUGCUGACAAAAUGUCACUGGGAAAUAUUGAUUACUGAAUAGAGAGAAUUAUGAUGGCCUAUGUUCGUUUUUUGUAUUCUAGCGUGUAAGUUGGGCUUCUUGUUCCACAAUGAAAUGCCAUCGGACGUUUUUCUUUUUUGAUAAAGUUUGGAAAUAUGGGCAAGUUGUCGAACGUUUUUGUGGCGACGGAAGGUUGACACUUUUCUUUUUGGUCACUUUCUGAGCGCAGUCUAAUGUAUCGGAUUUUGGACUAUAUUUCUGUUAAAUUAAUUUGGCAUUAGAGAAAUCCAAAUGUAUAUGCAUGUACAGUGACGAUCUCGAUGUGACGACAUUGUGUUUUCUAGGCCUACUGCUCAUUAGAAUUUAUAUUUACUGGCUAGUGCGUAACAAACUUUCGUGGACCAGCGCGCGCACUAGUGCCCCCGCACUUGGGGGCAACCCCGCCAUGGCGCCCUCAUCCCUCUGUAUUUCGGUGUGGUUGUGUGAGUGAAUCAACAACACAGACUGGGGAUCAAGGUUGAGGAUGAUGCUCUGGAGAUAACGGUUCAAACUGACGCUGCAGCAUCUCUCCUGAGCGACCCAGCUAGAAGUUGAACCAGGACUCCGCUAGAGGGAACGGCUCUCAUCUUCCAGACAGAGGUUAAUCACCAGGGCAACAGCACAGGAUGUUGAUGGGUGGCACUGCAAAGUGAGGAGUCUGAAGAUCUGAAGAUCUCUGAAGGUGGUUGGCUUAGACAGCGCUCACACACACAUCGCCAAAAUGAAUGAGCGCCAGGCUCUCCACUCCAUAAUGAAGGACCUAGUGGCCCUCCAGAUGACGAGGCGCCAGCCUGGGCCCUCUUAUGACACGGGGAAACCCAAGGCUCUUCCCAACCCUGCCCCUGCUAAGAGACAGGACGAUGUCAGAAUAAAGUUUGAGUUCAGUGGAGAGAGGAGGAUACUGAUGUUUGGGAGGCCUGUGCAGUUUGAAGAAAUCCAGCAGAAGGUCAAGACUGUCUUUGGCCAACAGCUAGACUUGCACUAUAUGAACAAUGAGCUGUCCAUCCCUCUGCGUGGUCAGGACGACCUGGACAAGGCCAUUGACCUGCUGGACCGCAGCUCCAAGAUUAAGAGUAUCAAGAUCUUGCUGCUGAUGCAGGAGCAGUGCAAUGCCUCCCCAUCCCCCUCUCCCUCUCCCUCCUCCCACCACACGGUGAGUAAGCAGGUGAGGAUCAAAGCCUCCCAGUCCACGGGUGAUGUCAGCACGGUGUACCAGCCCUCCGAGCCCAGGGGGCGCCACCUCUCCACCAGCUCUCAGAACACAGGCCGUAGCUCCCCCCCUCCUGGCUAUGUCCCUGAGCGGCAGCAGAGGAUCGCCCGCCAAGGCUCCUACGCCAGCAUCAACAGUGAGGGAGAGUUCAUCCCAGAGAGCGACCAGUGUGUGCUGGACCCCUGGAGCAGUGCAGAGAACUCUGUCUCAGGAAGCUGCCAGUCGCUGGAUAGUAGCUCAGACAGCCCCUCCCUGAGGAAGUCACGCAUGCACCGAGCCAAGAGCUACCCUGAUAACCGGCAGCAGGAGAACGUCUCAGACCGGGAGAACCAUGUGUAUGAUAAGGUGGUGGGGAAGGGAGGGACAUACCCCCGCAGGUACCAUGUCUCCCUGCAUCACAAGGACCAUAGUGAAGGUCGGAGAACGUUCCCGCGGAUCCGUCGCCCCCAGGGUAACCUGUUCACCCUGGUGCCCUCACGGCGCUCCCUCAACGGCAGCGAGGAGAGUCUGGGCAGCUGGCAGCUAGUGGACAAGCAGGGCAGGCUCCGCCCACAGGAGCGCCCUGUCGCCCACAAGUCCCCCAGUGCUCCAAUGACGUGGAGGCGGGGCAAGCUGCUGGGUCAGGGGGCGUUUGGGAGGGUUUACCUGUGUUACGAUGUGGACACGGGACGGGAGCUGGCCGCCAAGCAGGUGGUGUUUGACCCGGACAGUCCUGACACCAGCAAGGAGGUGAGUGCUCUGGAGUGUGAGAUCCAGUUGUUAAAGAACCUCCACCACGAACGCAUCGUCCAGUACUACGGCUGUCUGAGGGACCACAACGAAAAGACCCUCACCAUCUUCAUGGAGUACAUGCCGGGGGGUUCAGUCAAAGAUCAGUUGAAGGCCUACGGGGCGCUGACGGAAAACGUGACUCGGAAGUACACACGGCAGAUCCUGGAGGGCAUGUCCUAUCUGCACAGCAACAUGAUCGUUCACCGUGACAUCAAAGGUGCCAACAUCCUGCGGGAUUCGGCGGGAAACGUGAAGCUGGGAGACUUUGGCGCCAGCAAGAGGCUGCAGACCAUCUGCAUGUCUGGCACGGGCAUCCGCUCUGUUACUGGCACCCCCUACUGGAUGAGCCCCGAGGUGAUCAGCGGAGAGGGCUACGGCAGGAAGGCUGACGUCUGGAGCCUGGGCUGCACAGUGGUGGAGAUGCUGACAGAGAAGCCUCCCUGGGCCGAAUACGAGGCCAUGGCAGCCAUCUUUAAGAUCGCCACCCAGCCCACCAAACCCCUGCUGCCCUCACACACCUCGGACCACACCCGUGACUUCAUCCACCGCAUCUUUGUGGAGGCCAAGCACCGGCCCAGUGCUGAGGAGCUGCUCAGACACCCCUUCUCCCAGAUCCUCUGCUGAGGGGAAGUACUAGUACACUUUCUCUGUCUCAGCCGCUCCUCAGGACUCAAGGCCUACAGCUGACAUCUAGACUCUAGACUUGGCCCUUUCCAUCCUACAGCUCUCUCCCCAAACCAGACUCCAGUCACACUCAUUACUUAACCCUCAAAUACACAUGAUCCAUUAUGAUGGAUAAUAGCACAGUGCCAUUAUUCCAAGCUGUUAACGACAACUAUCAAAUUCACCUCCAACGUCCCCCACUAGGGGGAGCUAUAUGACUGAUCAGUGUUCAGCUGUCUGCUGUGGAGAACUGGACCCACCAACUCCAUACGAACUGUAUCUAUUCAGCUAUCACCUUGGUGGUCUGUGAGAGGAUCAAACACACACACACACACACACACACACACACACAGACAGUCCAAACACAUCAAAUCUAUUAUAUGUGGCUCAAGAUGGGAUUUGAUCAAGCACCACCACCGAAUGUGCCUUUCAAAUAUGCCAAAGUGUCCCCUCCUAAGUUUACAUUCUCUAGAUGGGCUGUUAGGUGAGACCCCUGAGGUAAUGAACUGUUUCAUAUGGGGCGUACAGUAAGCUUGAGCAGAGCAGUGUCUGGACUACUUAGGCCAAGACAGCAGACCCACAGCCACAGCUCAGUGCUUCAACAUGCUAACUGAUGAAACCAACAGAUGCACCACUCAGUGUUAUAGAGACGGGAUGGAUUUCAUUUUUCACUUUCUCCUCUGAUCCAUCUCUGAUAUUCUUCGUAUUUUUGAGAAAGUGCCUCUUGAUGGUCUUUUGAAGACUCACAGUCCCUGAUGGAAGCCCAAGCUGAUCUGUCCUGUCCUCACCAUACAACAUAGAACCAGAGCCAUCAGUGUUUUUGUGUUGUCAUUAUGACCUUCACAGUAGACCAUUGUGAUGACUGUGUGUUAUACUCCAGCUCUCCACUGCAGCCCCUCAGUAUCACAGCCCAGUGUUUUCUGAGUGUACCAAAAAUGACCGAUUUCACUCAUGAAGGGGUUGGUUUCCAGUUUGGUUGGAGGAUAUGCUAACUACACAAUAUUACAAAUGAUAUUGUACUUUGUGAUUGAAAGAGAGAUUUUAUUUUAGUCCUAGACAAAUACAAUCCGAAUGCCUUGAUUUGAAAGUGAGUUACCAUUAGGUUUACCAGCUUUCUAUGUGUUGACAAGUGUAUCUCGGAAAACGCUACGCCAAACAGUGGAACUCUGCCAUUUAGGAUUUAUUUGAGUCAGAUGCACUUUUAUGUAAAAUUAAUGUUGUUGGUUAUUGUGCGCCUUACGAAAUUAACUUCUUUUUUUUAAACUUUAAAUAUGACAUUUCUUUCACUUUUAUUUAAAUCCCUAUGUUCAUCCAUUCCUGAAUUUUUAUAUUCAAAUAUAUAUGUAUAAAUAUAUUUUUUAUAUAUUGACUCUAGACAAUUUGAAAUCUAAUGAGGAUGCAUUUAGACCUAUGAGAUAAAUGUUGCCGUUCGAAAUGAUAAAUUGUUAAAGCAGCUGGUUUUGCAGAAAUUACAACAUUGGGGUUUAUUAGUGAAACACUUUGGGUGGAAAACGACCUCUGGCUAUCUUACCUGGUCUCUGCUCCAAAACAAGAAACAUAUCCACAUUCCUGGCUCCAGUAUAAUAUAUUAUGUCUAAAAGUCCAUGCUUUAUUAAAUGGCAACACUUUUCCAUUGGACCCUUUCUGUUGGACUGCCCUGUCAAACCUCUCACAGUUUCAGUACUUCUUUAACAAGGCCACCGCCUAGGAGUUAAAGGCUACUGAAGUUCCUCCAUAUUUCUCCUUGCUGGCGUGAUGUGUGGAAAUAGAGGGGAAGUAUGUGAAGUGUAAUUUAGAAUGCUGUAGUGUAACUACAGUGACGUGAAGUGUAACUAGAAUGCUGUGUCUCACCAGAAUAACCUUCUCUUAGUGUCAUUCUUGCAGAGCAGAGCGACUGAAUGUGUGCGUUAGUUAGACUGAGCUGAGCAGGGCAGGGAUGGAGGAGUUCUGAUCAGGUAGAUGCCAGAGACCGGGGUUCCACCCAACAUGACGACUUUGUUUAGCUCAGGGUUCGAGAGACCGACCGGUGCCCAAUGUCUGGGGCCCUCCACACUGAGCAAAGGGCUUUCUACAAUUACCUUAUUUUAGUUUUAUUUUCCAUUUAUUUCAGUGUUACUGGCUCUAAAAUACUUUCAUAAGUGAAUCAAAUGGAUAUCAUGUGGAUGCUAGAUGUUAAAGAAGGCAGCUAAGAAUCAGUUCAGUAUUAGAAAUGGCCCUGUUAUAUACAAAGAGCCAAAACAAAUGUUUCUGUUAACAGAAGAACCCUGGGGUAAGCAGAUGAAACAGGAGUUAAAUGUUUAGAUAUAUACAUGUAUGUAAAAUGUAAAUGUAUAAAUGAGUAUGUUGAAUGACAGGGGACUUGCAGUGCAAAGUCACUCCAGUGUAUCAAAUGUAUUUACGUAGAAAAAGGAACAGUAUGUUAAAUGACAUUGUUUUUCUAUAUCUUUGAGUGCCUAAUUUCAAAAACAAAUAAAUGUUCUUUGUCUCUGGUCCAAUA